AUGUGCUAUAUUCGAAUCGCGGGUCGCAUUUUCGAUAUUAUUAUUAUAAACGCAUAUGCACCAACUGAAGAGAAAGAAGAAAAUCUCAAAAAUGAAUUCUACGAUGAUCUAGAGAACAUACUUGACACAACAACGAAUAGCUGUAUCAAAAUAUUAAUGGGUGACUUUAAUGCAAAAAUUGGGAAGGAGGAUAUGUACAGACCCACGAUUGGACCGAAUAGCUUACAUGAUGUAAGUAACGAUAAUGGAACCCGGUUGAUCAACCUGUGUUUAGCAAAAGGAUUUACCCUUAGUAGUACAUACUUCCCAAGGAAGGACAAACUUGGAUAG